AUGUCGAAUAAAAAAAAAUCAAAUCAAAUUCGAUGGCCACAGGUGUACAGCAUAUACAAGUACGGUUACAAGAUCUUCAUAAACAUGGAGUACGCGGAGAACGGGGAUUUGUACACGUACCUACAGUCUAACACGCUGACGGAGCCCCAGAUCCGGAUGUGGACCAUGCAAAUUUUGUGGGCGUUUCGGUACAUGCACACCGCCGGCGUGGUGCACAGGGAUAUGAAGUGCGAGAACGUAUUGUUGACAGGCAACUUCAACGUGCGAAUAGCUGACUUUGGGUUCACUCGGUUCGUGGGCCGGGGCCGUAACCCGGGCGCGGACACGGUGUGCGGCACGCUGGCGUACUCGGCUCCGGAGCUGUUGGCCGGCACGAAACCGUACAACCCGAUGGCCGUGGAUGUGUGGGCCAUCGGAGUCGUGGUGUUUAUGAUGGCCAAUAACGUGGCGCCGUUCCGGGAUAAGUUCAAGGAGGACAUGUAUAAGAAACAGGUGAACUGGUGGUGGUGGUUUAUUCCCGGUUAUUACAGUAAUAAUAUAUCACCCGGGUUUUUUUUUUGUUUUUCACAAACUGCGAGUUAUUUACGGACGAACUUCGCAAAACAAUAAUAGUAUAAUAAUAGUAAACAAUAAUAGUGAUAACCGAUAGGCGCACAGAUGUAGAUAAUAAACUAGAUUGUUAACUAGUGAUAACAACCGACGCGCGACGCCAAAAAAAUUCUUGUUGGCUGUGUGCUCCGUUAUUGUGCUAUCAUAAUGUAAUUGUUAUUGUAUUUUAAAUGCAGGAUUUUAAGAAUAUAAAUGCAUAUUUCAGUACAUUUUCGAAGUUUUUUUAAAAACAAUUUAAUUUAACAACGAAAUGUAUAGCAAAAUUGCAUACAAUUCGAACAAAUUAAAAAAAACAAUUGUAUCACACGCUGUAACGUUUUUAUUAUAAAUUAAUAUGUAAUAUUAAAAGAAUAAUAAAUAAAAAUUAAAUACUCAAAGUAAAAAAAUUCAAAAAACACAGAUUUGAACAAAGAUGCAUAUUUGGUAAUUGUUUAGUGUAUAAAUGCAUACAUAUUUGACAGUUAUUUUAAGUGUAUAAACAUCCUAAUCCUACUAUUAUUAUUCUCAUUAUUAUUUGUAUUUUUUUUUUUUUUUUUAAUAGUUUGUUUUAUGCUAUACGGCCGAAAAAAUUCUGGUCUAGUAUGACGUCAUUUAUCAAUAAUCGGUUUUGUUUGGCUAGCGGAUUUUGGCUUUGACCGUAUAUCUAUUAACCGUGUAACGUAAUACUUAAUUUAUAAUUAUUUUUGAGUUCAUGCAUGAUUAUUUAGGCAUGAUGAUAUUUCCAACUAUGUAUUAUCACGACGAUAACAAUUGAUAAAAUACCAUAGCCCUUAACCAACAUGGUAGAAAUGCGGUGUCCCCCGGUUUGCUUGCCAAUUUAUACUAGUUAGCAAUCUAGUUGAUAACCUAUAUCUAUGGAUAGGCGUAGCUUUUGAUCCACUGUUUAUAAUUUAAUCCCUCGGGUCUAUUAUAAUAAUAUUAUCAAACAAUUUUUUUUCAAAUCGUAUUUAAAAUUAAAAAUCAUUUUAAAUAUAAAAACAAUUCGUAACUGUGAAUACACGCGUAGAAUUCCUACCGAAAUAAAAUUUAAAACUCGAUUCGAGUGAAAAAACGGAGUAAAAUAUUUAUUUCGAAUUUUAUAAUAGUUUUCGUAAAUGUUGUAUCUAUAAUAUGAUAUAAAUAUAGUUCGAAAUUCACUGCAAUGUCGGAAUUCGUAAAAUAUACUUAAUAUACUCGAAAAUAAUAUUUUGUACAGAUUUUCUUUUGGUUAACCUCAUCGUGUCACAGACAACAAUUAUGUAAUUCCAUAUCUCAUUAUAUUAUUUUUGUAAUCCUAUUUCUCAACGUGUAUUAGGUAUGGUAAUGUGGGAGAAUGGAUUUUUCUCAUUCUCUCAUCGUCCUAUGAUUUUUUAUUUUUACCUCCACGUCUUAUAAAUAUGAUAAUCUUAUUUGUAUUACUAGCGUUAGUAAUACAGUUUUUCAUAUUUCAUCAUGUACAAAAUAAAAAAAAGAGCUGAUAAUGCAGCUGAGGAUGCUACUGCUAUACGUGGAAAGUCUGAAAGGUAGAAUACACAGAGUUUUAAAUUUAUAUCUAUAUGCAAUAAUAAAUUGUUGCUUACGAAAUACAAUUCUGAGUAAUGUUUAACAAUCAUAUCUACAAAAACCAAACACAAAUUAAAAAACUAAAAAUAAACGAAAAUGUCAAAUGUCUAUAUCAAAAUAGCUCAGAAGUCGUCAGAAUGUUUUGAAUAUUUUACUUCGUCUUGGAAAGGUUAAUAUAAAUGUCUUUCCAAAAUUGUCAGAUCUCUACGAUUUUUCAACCGUAAUACAACAAAAAUACAAAAACGAAAAUAACGAAACCGUUAAUGUCGUAAACUUUCCCAGUUUUUAAGUAAUCAAAAAAAUUACAAGAGUUAAAUUAAAGCUAGAAACUAAAAAAAAAAAAAAAUCAAAAAAUUGAUCUCUUCUUAACACCCGAACUAGAUCCAAAAUGAUACAAGAAGUUUUCUUGUUGUUUUUUUAAUGGGACGAAAUUGUUGGUAGUAAAAGUUGUUCACAGACACGAAAAAAAAAACACAUCUUAAUUAAACCAAUACAUUCUUCAGUACACUUAAAAUCUAAAAUCAAUAUGUCGUUUAUUGAAAUUAAUUCCCGACCCCAUUCAUAAUAUUGUCGACCCUUAAUACGGGACCGAUGGUUUUAGGAAGAAUCGGAUUUUGUUUCGUAAUGGUUUUAACACACGUGUAACCGCAAAUUCUUCAUCGAACAAUAAAUCCUGUCGCGAGAUACUGCGUGUAUCGUCUCGAAUUCCUAUUUUUUACCAAGAAAAUAUGCGGGGGCAAAGUUUUAUGCUAUUUUUGUUUUGUCUCAGCCGUAUAAACUUAUAAAAAGAAACCGGAGAUCGUCGUGUUUGACGAUUUUGAGGGCCAUUAUAUUACAUAAGCUUUUCCACGAGAUUUGUUGCAGUAGAUCCUUAUCGUACAUUAUCCAUCACUCUAGUCGACAACAUGCAACGGAGAAAUUUACCACUUUCGCAUAGUCAUUUUCAAGAUAAAAAAAAACUGAUGAGGCCAUUGUUAUUGGUGGGAAUGGGUGAAGCUGGAAUAUAUAUUGAUUCAGUUUUGUAUAUGGGAAGUCAUUUUUUAAUUUUCCCUGCUGUUUUCAUAAUAAAUAGCAAAAGCUGAGAAAUACAGGAAAACAACAUAGGAAAACAGGAAAAUAGGUACAAUAUUAAAUAAAUAUUAUUAAAGAAUUAGAAUUAUUAGAAUUGUUUUUUCAUAAGUAAUAGUUUAUCGUUGCUUACAGGUGUAAAUUAAAUCACCUAUAACUCCCGUCACCAUUAUCCUUGGACGUUUUUUUUUAAUUCAAGAUAAAUUUUUUUUUUAAAACCGCAAGUUAAUAAUUUGGUAUGUUUAACAUAUGGAUAGGCCAAGUUUAACUUUUUGUUAAAAAUUACAUGUCAUACACAAAAGAUGUGAAUUUUUGCUGAACGGCAUUUUGUUUAAACAAUUUUUUCAAAAAAUGGAUUUUAAUUUUUUUUAAAUUAAGCGGAGUGGGAAUUGUAUUCUUAUAAUAUAACGAUUAACUAUAUAAUAGUAACUAGGUACCUACCAAUAUCAAUUUAUAUGUCAAAAAUAUUGGAAUAUCUACAUUAAAGUUUAAAUUUAUUUUUUUUUCUGAGUUUAGGUAACUAAACAUUUUGGUUUUCGAAAAGUAUUGGGUCGAAGUGAUUAUCUUAAGAGAUUUACUGCCAUGUUUUUGGAACCAAAUGUUCAAGAGCGUGUACAAAUUAAGAACGCAUUACAGAGUUACUUUAUAAAAAUUGGAAAUGUCAAAACUCCCUCAAAAGUACAAAAUACUGCCACUGAAGAAAACAAUCAUAUUUCAACCGUUCCGAUUAUCAAUGAAGUUACAAUGAAGUCAAGCAGUUUUACUUAUCAAAUUUCAGGAAAUGUAAAAUCAAUUAGUUUUUUUAAUACUGAAUUUAUUCCUGUUGAAGAUUCCGAAGCCGGGAUUUUUAGAGAAGACUAA